CACGCCCCUUUUCAGCAGGAGAAAGGAAGCUGCUUUUUCGACCUGGCUGAAAAUCUUCCCCUAGAAAGCUCUCAGGGGCCCAGCCCACCAGGAAAGCUGUAUAAGCACAGGGUCGACGGGACGGACGGAAGCGGUGCGCCGUCGUACGGGGAGGUCCGUAGUGACAGCGCGAUGAGCUACAAACCCAUCGCCCCUGCUCCGUCCGGCUCCAACCACACCCCGCCAGGCUCCAGUGUGCCCUCCCCCUCACUCCCCUCCAACUUCAGACCAGCGUUCAGUGAUUUCGGCCCACCGUCGAUGGGCUUCGUUCAGCCAGUGAAAGUGUCUCAGGGCUCAACCUACAGCGAGCUGCUGUCAGUUAUCGAGGAGAUGAGUCGCGAGAUCCGCCCCACCUACGCUGGGAGCAAGAGCGCCAUGGAGAGGCUAAAGAGAGGUAUCAUUCAUGCGAGGGCGCUGGUCAGGGAGUGUCUGGCGGAGACAGAGAGGAGCGCUCGCACAUAACCCUUUGCAGAAUCCCUCCAUUCCCCCCCUUGUCUUUGUAUAGGCCUCAUCUAUGUGUCCCGUCUUUAUCCUGACUUUUUGUCUCCAUUGCUCCACCGAACCUGUAACCUUUUUUCCCAUAUAGUUUCUCACAUCGCCUAUGGGGUGUGUUCAGAAUGUGUAACACAUUUUGCAGUUGUAGGACAGUUUGCUCUCAGAACAUUCUGUAGCUUAUUUGUUUCAUAGGCAUCACGAGGGGCUGGUAAAUAUUUUCUCAUUUUGGUCUGUCCUGUUCAGUGGGGGAGAGGUGAUAGUGCUGUACAAUAUUUGAUAGAUUUUUGAAAACUAUGCCACAAUGAAAUGAGGUUGAUACUCUGACUUUCUCUCUUAGCUGCUAUACUGACACCACUCUACAUCCAAAGGUUUAAUUCCACAUUGUUUUACAGUAAGCAACACUUAAGCCUUGUUCACACUGCAGGCCUUAAUACUCAAAUCAGCUUUGUUUUUCAAAUCCGUUUUGGAUUAAUUCACUGUCCAAACGGCAAGUGACCAAAUUUGGAUUUGUUGACAUGGCUAUGCUACUUGUCAUAGUAAUGACAAAUGUGUGCGUUCGUUCUUCCUAUCACUCAGAAGUUAUGUGGCAAGCUAAGGUGACAAUGCCUGCAAUGGAUGUUCCCCAGUUUGCUUUGAAUGUUCAAAAUCAUAGUGAAAAAAAUCACACUUUUAAGCCGCCAAAGGAUAAGGUAAUCCAAUUUUCAAAACAAGUAUUGUUUGGCUAGCCACAGCAGUCAACUAACCAGGUAGCUGUUUAUCCUUCUAGCACAUUCACUAAUUUGUUUGUGAACAACAAGCUAGUUAGUUACCACAUAUUCUUGCCACACCACGGUGGUUUGAAGUCAUCCUAUUCCAUGUGUUUUUUGGCUGUUCAGACUGCAGGAAAAAUACAAUUUGAAUCAGAUAUGC